UCUUGCUGUCACAUGACACAUGACGGAGCCAUGCCGGUGUUUGGGACUCAAAGGAGGAAGCUAGAAUUGAGGUUACCUGAAGGAAUCGCAGCGCUCUGCUCAACUGCAUGGUAGCAGGUGUGGGAUCGCAUCUGCUCGUUUAUGUUGCAGAGCCUGUGCUUUAAAAACGUGACCAUUACAGUGAGCAGUUAAUGUUUCAACGCCACCAGUCUGAAAGCGUCUGUAUCUGACCACAUCCUAGACAGGACAAGGACAUUACUUCAGCAAUGGCAAAGCAAUCCACGUCCCUGCUAGAGUGUCCUCUCUUAGUUGCUGCGGUCUUCAUUACUGGAAUCGGUGGAACGUUUCAGUAUGGCUUCAAUAUAGCAGUCAUGACUUCUCCCUCUUUGUUUAUAAAGGAGCUGGUGAACACAACGUCUACGGAGCGCUAUGGGCUCCCCCUGGAGGAGUGGCAGCUGACUCUGAUCUGGUCCUUCCUGGUCUCCAUCUUCUGCGUCGGAGGUCUGCUGGGCUCUCUGCUGGCGGUACAAAUGGGCAAGAAGUACGGCAGAAAGCAAUGUCUUCUGAUGAACAAUCUGGUGGCCAUCGUGGCCGCAGUUUUGAUGAUACUGAGUAAAAGAGCUGUGUCCUUUGAGAUGAUCAUGGUUGCACGUUUUCUCUAUGGCGUCAACACCGGGGUCAUCUUAACCGUUCAUCCGAUGUAUUUGGUUGAAUCCGCCCCGAAAAAUUUGCGAGGAACGGUGGGUGUGACUACUGCUACCUUUUCCUCUUUAGGGAAGUUCUUUGCUCAGCUCCUGGGGAUCAAAGAGCUGCUGGGAACAGAGGACCUCUGGGUCUGGCUGCUAGGGUUCAGUGGGUUUGUUGCCCUGUUCCAGCUCUUCACCCUUCCUCUCCUGCCAGAGUCCCCCCGUUACCUCCUGCUGAACAGGGGAGACCAGGAGGGCUUUGAAAGAGCUGUUAAGAGGUUGUGGGGUUCCAGGGACUACAGUGUGGAAACUCAGGAGAUGCUGCAGGAGAAAAUAGAACUUCAGGACAUUAAAAUCCACUCAGUUAUGGAACUGUUGCAGAGCCGCCCCUUGCGAUGGGUGGUGCUGACAGUCAUUGUUAACUUCGUAGCCAUACAGCUGUGUGGCAUCAAUGCUGUGUACCUUUAUUCCACUGAAGUGUUCACUGCAGCAGGGAUCCCAAAAAACCAACUGAAUUACGUAGCCUUUGGGACUGGGUUGUGUGAGGUCAUCUCUUCUGUGAUCUGUGCUGUAGCUGUUGGAAGCAUAGGAAGAAAAAAGCUUCUGAUUGGUGGCUACGGAUGCAUGGCUGUUACCCAGAUGUUGCUCACCAUCACCCUUAACCUGCAGGAUCAUGUCAAGUGGAUGCCUUACUGCAGCAUCGUCCUCAUCUUCCUCAGCAUCUUCUCCUUUUCCUGCGGCCCCUCUGGAGUGACCAUGUCUCUGCUGGCGGAGUUCUUCACCCAGUCCUACAAACCAGCGGGCUACGCUCUGGCCUGCAGCAUCAACUGGGUCGGUCUCUUUGUCGUGGGGAUGGUCUUCCCUCUCCUUGUGAAACAUCUGGAAAGCUAUUGUUUUCUGAUUUUCCUGUUCUUCACCAUCGCCCUUGCAACGUUUGUGGGGAUCAACGUUCCUGAAACCAACAACUUAUCUCCCCUGGAGAUACAGGAAGCGUUUCGCAAGAUGCACUCUAAGACUGAAAAGGGUGGUGGGCCUGCUACACCCUGUGGAACGACAGAUAAUGAAAUACAUGGUCUGAAGUGUCAGACCAAACUUUGACAGCAUGUGUGUCUAUGUUAUGUUUAUGUUAUAGUGAAACUGGAAUGACGUGUGCCUUGUCAUGGUGGAACUGGAAGGGUAAUGACCUAAGGUUAUCACCAGUAGGCCUACGCUCUGGCCUUCUGCCAACUGUUUAUUUAGCCCAGCCUAUAUCUAUGACAAUCAUCUAAGAGGACGCCCUACAAAUAUGUUCACCAUAACAUUUCCUGAAUAUCACGUCAUCAUGAUAUAAAUGACGAUUUGUUACUAUUGAAUAUGCUAUUCUUUUGCAUUGGAAAAUGCACUGGCUCUAAUUAUAUGCCAAUUUUUUUAGUAUUAAAAGGGAACACAUUUUAUAUAAAUAAAAAAAAAUUGUGUA